AUUCACUCUAUGCCUGAAUAAGAGCUGUAACUACUCGACUGAAGGGACUGAUUCAUUUUUAUUUUAGCUUUAUUGAACCACUUGCGCAAUUUUUGCGCAAAUAGAUCAGGACUGGAUACCAUUGUCAAACUCUGUAGGAAAUAUUGUACCUGUCCCAUUCCGGUGAGCGCGUGACUGUUGUGAGUGGGAUUUUGUGGUGAGGUUUGGCCUUUGUUGACGAAACAUGACACGUGUGUUUGCGUAUGUUGGCGUGCUAAUAGCCAUCAUGGCUGUGACAGGAGCAAGGCCAAAAUCAGUUGAACCAAAGUGUAAAUCUGGCCCGGUCGACCUGGUCUUCAUUAUCGACAGCUCCCGCAGCGUCCGGCCUCAUGAGUUUGAGAUGAUGCGCAAGUUCAUGAUCGACAUCAUCCAUGAGCUGGACAUUGGCCUGGAUGCUACGAGAGUUGGCGUGGUCCAAUAUUCCAGCCAAGUCCAGAACGUGUUCUCCCUCAAAGCCUUCAGCAAGACUGCGCAGAUGGUUAAAGCCAUCAAUGAGAUCAUUCCAUUGGCCCAGGGCACAAUGACCGGCCUUGCCAUCCGUUACGCCAUGAAUGUUGCCUUCUCCACUGAAGAGGGCGCCCGUUCUAAAGUUCCCCAUGUGGCUGUUAUCGUGACCGACGGUCGCCCGCAGGACCGUGUGGCCGAAGUGGCAGCGGCUGCGAGAGAGUCUGGGAUUGAGAUCUACGCCAUUGGUGUCGCCAGGGCCGAUAUGACAUCACUCCGAGCAAUGGCGUCUCCACCAUUUGAGGAUCAUGUGUUCCUUGUGGAGAGCUUUGACCUUAUUCAUCAGUUUGGGCUUCAGUUCCAAGACAAGCUUUGUGGGAUUGACUUGUGUCUAGAAUCAGAUCAUGGCUGUGAUCACAUAUGCGAGAGCUCGCCUGGCUCCUACCACUGUCUGUGUCUGCCUGGAUACACACUGAACGAAGACGGCAAGACAUGCACACCCAUUGAUCUAUGUGCAGAAGGGAAGCAUAACUGUGAGCAGAUCUGUAUAGCUUCACCUGGAUCCUUCACAUGUGACUGCAACACAGGAUUCACACUCAACGAGGACAAGAGGACCUGCACAAUGAUUGACUACUGUUCAUUCGGGAAUGACAGCUGUGAGCAUGAGUGUGUGAGUGUGCUCAAUGGCUUUAAUUGCCGAUGUAACGAAGGAUACUCACUCAAUGAUGAUCUGAAGACCUGCACAAUGAUCAACUACUGUUCAUUUGGGAAUGAUAGCUGUGAGCACGAGUGUGUGAGUGUGCUUCAAAGCUUUUAUUGCCAAUGCCGUAAAGGAUACACACUCAACGAGGAUGAGACGACGUGCACAAUGAUCGACUACUGCUCAUUUGGGAAUGAUAGUUGUGAGCACGAGUGCGUUAGCUUGCUCAAUGGCUUUAACUGCCGGUGUAAUGAUGGAUACUCACUCAACGAUGACUUGAAGACCUGCACAAUGAUCGACUACUGCUCAUUUGUGAACGACAGCUGUGAGCACGAGUGCGUAAGUGUCCUCAAAGGCUUUUACUGCCAAUGUAACAUUGGAUACUCACUCAACGAUGACAAGAAGACCUGCACAAUGAUCAACUACUGCUCAUUUGGGAACGACAGCUGUGCGCAUGAGUGCGUGAGUGUCCUCAAAGGGUUUUACUGCCAAUGUAACGAUGGAUACUUGCUCAACGAUGACAAAAAGACCUGCACAAUGAUCGACUACUGCUCAUUUGGGAAUGAUAGCUGUGAACACGAGUGUGUGAGUGUCCUCAAAGGUUUUUACUGCCAAUGUAAUAGUGGAUACUCACUCAAUCGUGACAAGAAGACCUGCACAAUGAUCGACUACUGCUCAUUUGGGAAUGAUAGCUGCGAGCACCAGUGUGUAAGCGUGCUUAAAGGCUUUAACUGCCUUUGCAAUGAUGGAUACUCACUUAAUGAUGACAAGAAGACCUGCACAAUGAUCGACUACUGCGCAUUUGGGAAUGAUAGCUGUGAACACAAGUGUGUGAGUGUGCUCAAAGGUUUUAACUGCCAUUGUAACGAAGGAUACACUCUCAAUGAUGACAAGAAGACCUGCACAAUGAUUGACUACUGUUCAUUUGGGAAUCACAGUUGUGAUCAUAAGUGUGUUAGUGUGCUCAAUGGCUUCUACUGUCGCUGCAAUGAGGGAUACACUCUUCAGGAGGAUGGAAAGAUCUGCCAGUCGGAUAACUUGUGUAACACAGUCGAACAUGGUUGUGAAUACCAGUGUGUGAGCACUCCAGGAUCAUACCACUGUAUCUGUCCUGAGGGCCAUCUGCUACAGGAUGACGGCAAGACAUGCGGAACCUGUCGAUCUUCUAACAUUGACCUGGUCCUCCUCAUCGAUGGUUCCAAAAGUGUUCGACCGAACAAUUUUGAGCUCGUUAAGCAGUUUGUAAACCAGGUGGUGGAUCAACUCGAUGUCUCCCCUAAAGCCACACGAGUGGGUCUCAUCCAGUAUUCCAGCCGUGUGAGGACAGAGUUCCCACUCAGCAUGUACCAAAGUAAAGAGGAGAUCAAGAAGGCUGUGAUGAAUGUGGGAUACAUGGAGAAGGGGACCAUGACAGGCCUGGCUCUCAAACACAUGGUGGAGAACAGCUUCACUGAGGCUGACGGAGCCCGUCCUGCCAAAAAGAACAUCCCACGGGUCGGCCUGGUGUUCACAGAUGGACGUUCACAGGAUGACAUCACAGAGUGGGCCAAUAAGGCCAAGGAAGCAGGUAUCACAAUGUAUGCUGUUGGAGUGGGUAAAGCCGUGGAGGAUGAACUGAGAGUAAUCGCCUCUGAGCCCGUGGAAAAACACUUCUUCUACACCGCAGACUUCACAGCCAUUAGCCAGAUUGCUGAGAACCUCAAACUCAACGUCUGCGCUGCUGAGAGUCAGGGGGAGGUCGAGGUGAAGGAACCCUGUGCUUGUGAAAGUCUCGUGGAGUUCCAGCGGGUCACCAUGUCCACCCUCGAUCAGCUCAACCAGAAACUGUCAGCUAUGAACAAGCGACUGGAAGUUCUGGAGAACCAGUUGCUCACGAGAAAAUGAAACAGCACUUCAUACAAACCAACUAACGAGGAAGGGUCGCGUAUGGUGACAAGUGUCCUUCAAUGAAACCAAAAUCGUAAAGGUGUAGACACCUGUGACAUGACAGUAGCAGACCCAUUAUGUGCCAUUUUCGACAUGGCUGACAAUUUUCCCUAUUUAUACAUGAUCUGUAUUAUUUGGUUUAUAGAGAAGUCUGUAUUUAUGGCAAGUUUUAUAAUAGCAUUUAUCCACUAAAAAGGGAAAUGAAGUCUUGUAAUCGUACCACUCAGAAAUGUUAUCAUCUCCAUCAUAUUUGCAUUGUUUUUGGCUUUGCACAAGUGCAGACUUGGAAACCUGUAUGAAACUGGGACCUGUGCCAUUUGAUUGUUGCAGUUAAAUUCUAAGUAAAACACAUUUCAAUUAUGUACAAAUUUUAUACUGGAAAAAAAAACCCUAUUAGUUACACAUUAUACUGUUGUAAAAACUGUCUUUGAAUCAGUAGUUUACAAUCAGUACAAAAUACUGAUACCAAGUGAGUCUAAUACAGCAAAAUGUUCUGCUAGAAAGCUGUUUCCGUCAAUAUUGUGCCUGAAUAUUUAAAACAGUCAGAGAAAUAUGUCUGAUAUUUGAUAAUUGUUUGACUGGACUGCAAAAAAAAGAUAUGUAAAUCAACAACUGCCUGAAUGGUUUUUAUCAUUUUAAAGAUAUAAAAGAAAAUUUGAGGAAAUAGGGUGAUAUGUUUAAGUGCCCCUUAAGAUUGCAGCUUUUAUUUUAUUUUUUACUAUUAAAGUGUAAUUUACACAUUUAGAAACCAGUUAAAAGUACCUCAAAAUGCUCUGGCCUCAGGAUCUUAAUGUUUUUAUGUUUUUUAGACAUUUGCAAAAAGGCCCCAUUAUAAAGCUUUUAUAUGUGAAUUCUUGUACUUUUGGAUAUUUCUUAAUAACACUCUUU